AUGGUUGUCACUCAGCAGUUCGACAACUUCAAAAUGCGUCCUGGAGAGACUAUGACUGAGUUCGACGCAAGGUUCAGCAAGAUUGUCACCACUCUAGCUAUUCUUGGCAAGACUUACAACAACAUAGAAGUUUCUAUAAAGCUCGACAACUUUAAAAUGCGUCCUGGAGAGACUAUGACUGAGUUCGACGCAAGGUUCAGCAAGAUUGUCACCACUCUAGCUAUUCUUGACAAGACUUACAACAACAGAGAAGUUACUAUAAAGGUCAUGUGUGCAUUACCAAGAGAGUGGGACAUCAAGACCAUGGCAAUGAGGGAGUCAAAAGACCUCAAUAUGAUGGAGCUCUUCGACUUGCUUGUAGAUCUCAAGGCCUAUGAAAGGAAGAGAUUAAAGCAAGAAAUAAUAGAAUGUGCUCAUCUGGCAAGCACCUCUAGGGAUAAGGGCAAGAAAAGGAAGAAUGUUGAUGCUGCUCAGGGUCCAAAUGCAAAGAAAAAAGUUAACAAUGACUGUUUCUUUUGCAAUAAGGUUGGACAUCUAAAGAAGAAUUGUACUAAAUAUCAUGCAUGGCGUGAAAAGAAAGGUACGUUUCUUAAUCUGGUUUAUUCUGAAGUUAAUUUAGCAUCAAUACUUGGAAAUACUUGGUGGUUAGACUCCGGUGCUACUACUAACAUCAGUAUUUCAAUACAGGGUUUCCUGAGCUACCGAAAGCCAAGUGAUGCUGAAAGACGUAUCUCUGUGGGCGAUGGAAAAUCGACAAAAGUUGAAGCAAUUGAACACUUUAGAUUGUUGCUUAGUUCUAGUUUCUAUUUGGACUUAAAGGAUACUUUUAUUGUACCUUCGUUUAAACGAAAUUUGGUUUCUAUUCGUUAUUUGGACAAACAUGGUUAUCUAGUUUGUUUGGAAAUGGUCAAUUUAAGUUAUCUAUUGGCCCAAAUAUUGGAUGUGUUCAAGUCAUUUAAGGUUGAAGUUGAAAAUCAACCUAACAAAAAGAUAAAGAAAGUUAAAUUCGAUCAUGGUGGUGAAUACUACGGUCGGUAUGACGGUUCAUGUGAACAACGUCCAGGGCCUUUCGCUAAAUACCUAGAGUAG